CUUAAGGGUUACUUCUUUCCCCCCCUACGCAUUGACGAUUUCGAACCUCGUGUCGAUCCACUGGUGGGUGCCAAAGGCCACACACAGAGAGUCGCAGAGGGGCAGCACCGCCGCCGCCGUCUGAGCACGAAAAGACAGACAGCAGUCGGCGCAGCAGUCGACGCACAAGCCCAAACGAGUCACAGUCAGCAAACACGAAGCCUUUCACCAUUGUGGACCUGCGACGAGGCACUAGAUUUCUCUACUCGUAGCAAUCGACGACCAAGUGAGGCAAGCUGAGGCAGCGGCAGCAUGGGCAUGGCAUGCGACGCCGAGGGCCGCGCGGUGACCGGUGAGCAGGAAGAGCCAUUGGCCAAGACUGACGGCGCGUGUGAUGGCCAAGCGGAAGAGACCAAGUCGGACGCUCCGGGACUCAAUCCGGAGGAGACAGCAAUGAUCCUCACGAGUUUGAGCAAGGGCUUCUCCAGCACAGCGCAGUCCAGCACGCCAGAUUCCGACGGAGAAGACAUGGGCGACUCGGACGAGGAGGAAGAAGCCUCACACCGUCGUCAAGCCUCUUCGAUUGGCGUCGGUAAGGUGCAUCGCGUGCAGCAAAUCAAUUUCGAUGGUCCCAAAGGAAGCAAGCUCGACUUCACGGACGACGCCGGCUUCAGUCAUCGCUUCAGGAAUGAGAGCAAUCGCGUCAAAAGUUUGGUUACCAAGCACAUCUCCAUCGAAGAGCUUCGUGCCCAUUUCGACCGACCCAUUAUCGACGUGGCAAAAGAUUUUGGUAUCUGCAUCACACUCAUGAAGAAGAUCUGCCGUCGAAAUGGCAUCAAGAGGUGGCCACAUCGUCAGAUCCGAUCGCUGUCCAAGAGUAUUGCGUCUAUGGAGGCUGCAAUGCUUAGUGCACACGGCAGUGAGCGCGAGAAGUACAGAGACCAGAUUGUUAACUUGAAGAUGAAGCGCGAGUCCGUCAUCGCAGACCCGAACAAGGACACGUCUAUGCGUCCCAAGACGCCGUCCUCGCAUGGUGAAUCCUCGGGCAACAAUGUGCGUGCAUCCCACCUUGCUCCUUCGACCUUGAAGCUGUCUCCUCAUACCAGUCAAGACGCAUCUGCUUCGUACCCAGUAACACCCACAGUUAAGAUGGAAAGCUUGGCAGUGGGUACUCCGACGCCGACUUCAAGUACUUCUACUACGGGCCCCUCGAAAGGUGGACGUUGGACUAGCGAGGAACACGCUGCCUUCUUGGAGGGCAUCCGUCUGUACGGGAAAGACUGGCGCCGUGUGGCUCAAGUGGUCAUGACGCGGAGCGCAGUGCAGACGCGUACUCACGCCCAGAAAUAUUUAUUGAAAUUUGCUGGGCGCUUUCCCUUUGACGCGGACGGGAUGCUCAAGGAUCAUCAUCAGACGGCUCCAGUGCCGACUCAGACUCAGACUCAGUAUACGCCUGCGUCUGAUAAGCCGGUUACGUCCAUGCUGAGUCCGACAACCAGCGUGGCGUCGAGCAAUACUGCAAUUACGCCUGCAAGCGACGACGCUAUGAGCAAUGCGUCCUGGAACUCGGAGGAGGCGCAGCCUCCAGCCAAGCAUGGCGAAGCAAUGGCCAUGAUUUUGAAUGGUAGUCCGCAGGUGGAGCCGGAUGUGGCUCACGGGAACAACGUUGGGGCUUCUGCACUUCCGCCGCUCUCAGUUCACACGUCCAAAGCCGAGCCAACAUCGUUCCAGCAGCCACAACAGUUCGCGCAACAGGGAACAGCCCCAGCAUCUUUCCAGUACUUUGUCCAGCAGCCACAACAGCAGGUUGCGCCGUAGUCUGCUGAUUGCAAGACUUGUGCGCUCUAGGGACAACUCUGCUUGAGUGCCAGCGAUGUAUUAGUCCGCUGUCAGUUUUCACGUUGCAUCCCUGAGGCUGUCCCGUAUCGCUCGGGUUGUAGGAUUUCGAUUUUGACUAGUCGUAGGAGCGGAGAGGAAUAUAGACGAACAUCACCUUGGAGCUCAUCUCGAGGACUGGCCGAUACAGCCGAGCUGACCUCGUCUGCAGUCCCGUCCUCAACGCUGCUGGUCACGCCUUAACGUGCCAGCAAGCGCAUUUUUCCUCGCUAAGUAUCGAGGCAGUACUGUACACCAGCAAACGAUUGUCCAGACCACCAGAACGGAGUGAACAGGUGAGCAAGUCGUAGCCACUUACCACAAUGUCACGUCCAAAACGAAGGGAAAAUAGUUUAUCAUUUUUCUGUUGGG